AAAGGAAAGACAGGUCAGACAGCGAGAAGCGACAGGGGCAAGAAGCUUCGAGAAGCGCAACAUCACAACCCGCCUCGUCCGCACCGCACCGCACCGCCCCUCGCACCGCAUCGGUGGAUAGGGAGGGAUCUCGGCCCUCCGCUGGACAGCAACGCCGGCGCGCCCUCGCGAGCCCGACCGCCGCUCCCGUGCCCGAGCCCUCGCCUCCCCGCGGCGCCCAGCCGGAUCACUGCCCGCGCGGAGGAGGCAAGCCCUAAGAGAGGGGGUGUCGUACUGCGAGCUCGGGAGCCGUGGCGCUGUUCCGCGGCUGCUUCUCCUUCGGGUCGGCGGGGCGGAGCAGGCCCGCCGCCUCGCCGUUGCCCUCGCCUCCGCGCGCAGCGGUAGCGGACGACGGCGCCAAGAUGAAGGGCCUCUUCAAGUCCAAGCCGCGGACGCCGCCCGACGUCGUGCGGCAGACGCGCGAGCUCCUCAUCUUCCUCGACCUCCAUUCCGGCUCGCGCGUCGCCGACGCCAAGCGCGAGGAGAAGAUGGCAGAAUUAAGCAAAAAUAUUAGGGAACUGAAGUGUAUCCUGUAUGGCAAUGGCGAACAAGAGCCUGUCACUGAAGCUUGCGUGCAAUUGACCCAAGAAUUCUUCAAGGAGAAUACUUUGCGACUAUUAAUUGUCUGUAUUCCGAAAUUAAACUUGGAGACCAGGAAAGAUGCUACUCAAGUAGUUGCAAACUUGCAAAGACAGCAAGUCUCCUCAAGAAUAGUUGCAUCUGAGUACCUAGAGUCAAAUAAAGAUCUUUUGGACACCUUAAUUUCUGGGUAUGAGAAUAUGGACAUUGCUUUACACUAUGGUGCCAUGUUGAGGGAAUGUAUCCGCCACCAGAGUAUUGCAAGGUACGUUUUAGAGUCUGACCACAUGAAGAAGUUCUUUGACUAUAUACAACUUCCGAAUUUUGACAUAGCAUCAGAUGCUUCUGCAACCUUCAAGGAACUUCUGACAAGGCAUAAAGCAACCGUGGCAGAAUUUCUUUCCAAGAACUAUGACUGGUUCUUUGCAGAAUUCAACACUAGGCUGCUAUCAUCAACCAACUACAUAACAAAGAGGCAAGCUAUCAAGCUGUUGGGAGACAUGCUGCUUGAUAGGUCCAAUUCUGCAGUCAUGAUGCGAUAUGUUGGUUCAAAAGACAAUCUUAUGAUUCUGAUGAAUCUCUUAAGGGACACGAGCAAAAACAUUCAAAUGGAAGCAUUUCAUGUGUUUAAGCUAUUUGCAGCAAAUAAAAACAAACCAGCCGAUGUUGUAAACAUACUAGUCACAAACAGAAGCAAGCUGCUUCGGUUUUUUGCGGGAUUCAAGACUGACAAAGAGGAUGAGCAGUUUGAGGCAGACAAGGAGCAGGUCAUAAAGGAGAUAUCGGCGCUGUAAUGCCCCUCAUGUACCUUGCGGGAGAUCUUAAGAUAGCAUUGCUCAAGUGGCCUCUUGUGGACUUACUGUAGUUACCCCACCACGAGGGGCACUUGCAUGGAUCUCCACCGUGAUGUUUCUUUAUGAAAGCUGCUUGUGUAAUAAUAGACUUCUGCACAUUAUUAUGUUGGAUUCUAGCAACAGUAUGAAUCAUAUAGUUGGAUGCUGUCAAGAUGUGAUAAUUAUAUAGUUUGGUUACCCUGGCCUGUUCGCAA